UAAUGCGCAUCCAGCGACUCGCAGCGCUGACACUAACCCGGGACACUGACACUAACCCGGGACACCAACCCGGGACACGACGGCUCCACAGCGGGUCGGGAGCAGGACUCGAGCCGGGGAAAGCGUCUGGGACUCGGCCGCGACCAUGGUGGGCGAACGCCGCAAUGGGAACCUUCUGGUCCAGCUCGGCCCCAAGUUGCAGGCGUAUCCUGAGGAGCUGAUCCGCCAGCGCCGAACCCAUGAUAGCCAAACAGAGUACCUGAUCCGUUGGUGCCUCAUCACCAUCGAUGACGGCUCCAGCUCUGUGGGCGGGGCUAGUGAGACAAGUGGGGCGGGUGGUGGCAGCUCUGGAGUGGGCGGGUCCAGCAGCUCCACAUCAGGUGAAUCCAAACCGGAGAACAUCCUGAUGUGGAUGUCGACAGAGGAUGUGUACGCCAACUGCCCCACUCUGCUGGGCAAGAGGAAAACCGACACACAGCGCCCCCUGCAGCUCCACGAGAAGCAGCAGGGCUUCGAGACCGCAGACGGCGCCCAGAGGAGAGGUGGCGACGAGUUCCCGGCAGACGUCACCUUUGACGAGGUGGAGCUGUCGGACAUGAAGGAAGACGUGAAGAACCUGGUGUGUCGGGCAAGGAAGCAGAUGGCAAAAAAGAGCGACUUCUCCAUCAGCAUCACGCACACCAUCCACGUGCUGAGCGCCUACGCCGGCAUCGGCUCGCUGGUCGGCGUCUUCAAGGAGACGGGCGCCCUCAACCUGCUGAUGGAGCUGCUGUGCAACAAGGAGACGCAGACCCGACGCAGCGCCGGGAAGAUGCUCCGCGCCCUGGCCUCACACGACGCAGGAAGUCGAGCGUACGUCCUCCUGUCUCUCAGUCAGCAGGACGGCAUCGAGCAGCACAUGGACUUCGACAACCGCUACACGCUCCUGGAGCUGUUCGCCGAAACCACGUCCUCGGAGGAGCAUGGCAUCUCCUUCGAGGGGAUUCACCUGCCUCAGAUUCCGGGGAAGCUACUCUUCUCUCUGGUGAAGCGUUACCUGUGCGUCACGUCUCUCAUGGACAAACUCAACACAGCGGGGACGGAUUCGUCCUCUGACAGACAGGAAGCCAGCCCCUCCACCAGCGCCGGCCACCACACGGAGCACCUGAGGGUCCAGCGGGAGUUCGACUUCACCAUGGCUAUGGCCAAUCUGAUCUCAGAACUGGUCCGAGUGAUGGGCUGGGACCGCAACCGCCUGCUCCCCAACGGCUCCGCCCACUGCCCCGGAGGAGGAGUCGCCGGGGAAGAGCAGGUGGAGGAGGCGUCUCCCCCUGUCCUCAGGUCCAUCUUCCAGCCUCGAUUCUGCACCUCCCCCAUCGCUCUCCCCAUCAGCUCGGCCGUCGCAGCGCCCGCCAUCACACCGCCGAAGAAGAAGUUGGGAAACGGAUUCAAAACGCGCUCCGACUUCGCCUGCCGGUCAGCCUACGUGGAGUACGUCCAGGACAACCUGAAGAGCGGCAUGAUGGUCCGCAUGCUGGAGGACUACGAGGAGGUGAGCGCUGGCGAUGAAGGAGAAUUUCGCUACAGCAAUGACGGCUCGCCACCCGUUCAGGUGUACUGGAACUCGCUGUCCAGGACAUACUGGGUCCACUGGCACAUGGUGGAGAUCCUGGGCAGCGGCAGCAGCACUCAGGCCGAGAAAGAAACGCAGGAAAAAGCCUCGUCCCUCACAGAGACGCUCAAACUCACCGCAGUGAAUCAGACAUUCUUCUCAAAGCCGCCUGGUGGUCUCUACUCGCUGCCGUACCUGUUGGAGGGUCUGCAGGCAGAGCCGGCAGCUCUGAGCCGAGCAGAGUGGUGGGAGAUAAUCUUCUUCAUCAAGAAGCUGGAGGCCAAGCAGCAGCAGGAAAUGAACAGCAUCCUGCUGCAGAGCCUUGAGGAGCAGGUAACACGCAGACAACACAGCAAUCAGAGAAAAUGCUGGGAAACUGAGCCUUUGGAUGGAGACCUUGACGACUCGUACCUGAUCAGUCUCUAUGUCCCUGGAGACAUGGCCAAGAAGCUGCUUCACUACCUGAAGCAGAAGCUGCCGUCGUCGUGUCUGAGCGACCUGCUGUGCUCCCACGCCUUCUCCAAACACUAUCUGAGGAGAGGAGGAGGACGUCUGGAGGAUGAAGAGCUGCUGGCUGAAAGCUCUCUGACUUCAUCAGCGCUGGGAGGAGGAGCUCCAGGCUCCUCGUCGUCAUCAGUCAUGGGUUCGGUCUCAAAGAAACUGAAGAAGGAGGUUCCUGCCGAUUCAGAGAUGGAGAGCGAGCUGCCAGCAGAGGACGACAGCGAGCUCCCUGAUGACCUGGAGCUCAAGAUCACAGUGUUUAAUAACCUCAUGGUCCAGGGGAAGAAGACGGCGUUGGAGAAGAUGGGGGAGGUGGUGGACGUCUUGAAGAAGGGGGGGUCGGGCUCAGACCGGGUGCAGCAGCUUGCUGCUGUGCUCUUCAUCACCAGACUGAUGGAGGAGAGAGGAGUCCAGGAGAAAAACUACAUGAGGAGCGAAUCUGCUCAGACCAUACGGGACAAGGUGCUGAAGCUGCUCGUGGAACUUGUGUCGUCGUCGUGUAAAGACGUAGUGAUCAGCACGCUGAGACUCAUUCACCUUCUCAUGCUGAAAUAUGAGUGGAGAGUUUCCUUCGCCACUGAGGGCGGAGUCAAAGCCAUCCUGACUUGCAUGCAGGGGUUCUCGUCGGUCACACAUGUUCAGCAGCUGGCGCUCGCGACUCUGAAGGUGAUCACUGGAGCCAGUAAACACGACCUCCGCAGCGUGGGCAGUGGUCUUCCUCUCUCCGAGUCAGGCACUCAAAUGAUGUUGGAGAUCUUUGCCAGCAUCGGCUCAGCCACGCCCGAAGGCUCCCAAGGGCUGCUGGGAGCCAUCCCCUCCGCCAUCGACCUCAUGCUCAAGACUAAAGGCUGCAUGCUGUCAGUGCGUAACGGCCUGCUUGUUAUCAUCAUGCUCAUCUCCAACCAUAAGAGUCUGGCGGAGCAGCUGGUAGCAUGUGAAGUCACCACCGUCCUCAAGAAAUGUCUGACUCUGUCCCGAGCGGAGACCAUGCUCGCCAUCAUCGCUCUCAACCAUAUCUCCAUGGUCCACAAACUGGAGAGCAAAGACGAUCUUGAACAGCUGGACUUUGAGCUCCAGAUGUUGGUUGUGAGUCUGAAGGAACUGACAGCGACUAAAGAGGUUAUUCAGACUCUGGAGCAGCUGUUGUGUGACGACGCCUCACAAUUGGAGGAUGAACGCACUCAGGUAACUCACAGUCGUGACACGUACCAGGACCUUGUUCGUCUGAUGGAGCAGCACCGAGCCGACCGAGCCGUGCAGCUCUCCAUCCUCAGGAUCCUGAACAAGAUCCUGGACAACUACCAGGAGGAUGUGCUGCCGUGGCACGAGAGCAUUGAGCCCUGCCUAUCAUCGAUGACGGCAUUCGUCAACGACAGAGAGGUGGUCCAGCAGUUUGUCCGCUUCCUGUACCGGCUGGCGUCCCUGAACAAAGACUACGCCGUGGUGAUGUGUCGUCUGGGGAUGAAAGACGCUCUGGUGAAAGCUCUGGACAAACAUGGCACCAACCUGCUGCUAGUCACCGAGCUCCGUGACCUCAUCUCCGACUGCGAGAAGUAUGCCAGCCUCUACAAGAAGAUGACCACCAGUGUCCUGGCCGGCUGUAUACAGAUGGUUCUGGGUCAGAUCGAGGAGCACCGCCGCAGCCAUCAACCAAUCAACAUCCCCUUCUUCGACGUCUUCCUCAGGAACCUGUGCCAAGGGUCUAGCGUGGAGCUGAAGGAGGAUAAGUGCUGGGAGAAGGUGGAGGUUUCAUCCAAUCACCAUCGAGCUAACAAACUGACCGACAAGAACCCCAAAACAUACUGGGAGUCUAACGGCUGCACAGGGUCACACUUCAUCAACGUCUACAUGCACAAAGGAGUCGUCAUCAGGCAACUGGCCAUCCUGGUGGCCAGCGAGGACUCUAGCUAUAUGCCGGCCCGGGUUCUGGUUCUGGGAGGAGACGACCCAACCAACAUCAACACGGAGCUCAACAUUGUGAACGUGACUCCUUCAGCCAGUCGCGUGGUUCUGCUGGAGAACAUGACUCGCUUCUGGUCCAUCAUCCAGAUCAGGAUCAAGAGAUGUCAGCAGGGCGGGAUCGACACUCGGGUCCACGGGUUCGAGGUUCUGGGUCCAAAGCCCACAUUCUGGCCGGUGUUUAAAGAGCAGCUGUGUUGUCGGACGUACCUGUUCUACAGCACCAAGGCUCACACCUGGUGUCAGGAAGUGAUGGACGACAAGACGCAGCUGCUGCAGCUCUUCAACAAGCUGAACAGCGCUCUGAGACAUGAGCAGAUGUUUGCUGAUCGUUUUCUUCCUGACGCUGAAGCGGCUGAAGCUCUGGGUCGAACCUGCUGGGAGGCGCUGAUCACCCCCAUCGUCCACAGCAUCACACAGUCAGAAUCCUCAGCGUCUAGCCCUCUGUCCUGGCUGCUCAGCGAGUACCUGGAUAACACUGAGUCAGCCCGUCGCUGCAAAAGUCGGGCGGCCAUCUUUAACUCCAGAGUGAGACGUCUCACACACCUGCUGGUUCACGUGGACACGAGUCAAAUGGACGGCGAGGAGCUGAAACCGCCCGUCAAAUCCAAAGGUCUCAACAGAAGCAAAGAGCAGAAGAAUGGUAAAGAUGGUAAAAACAAAGACGCCACCUCUGCCUCGUCUUCCUCUUCAUCUUCCUCAGCAAAACCCAAAGUGAAGAGCAGCAGUAGCAUUGCAGGCAUCGCCCUCUGUUGGCAGGGGGUGGUAAAGCGCCAGGUAAAGAAGUUCCUGGAGUUGAACUGCAGGCAUCCCGACUUCGUGGAGCGCUACCGGACUCUGUACCUGCGGCUGAAGAACGCCAUGGAGGAGCUGUUCGGGCAGCAGACGGCGUUUGUCCUCGCCCUUCGACACGGCUUCUCUGCUGCGCUGCUGCAGCUCUCCAUCCUCCGAGCCAUGCACGUGAGUGAGCGUUUUGCUCAGUACAUCGAUCAGAUGAUUCAGGUUGGCGGCGCGGCGUCCGGCACCGUGGCAACUCUGGAGCGGCUGCAGCAGUUUCUGGAGCCGAUGCUCUUCCUGUCGGGCCUGGAGCUCGCCAACACCUUCGAACACUUCUACAGGUACUACCUGGGCGACCGGCUGCUGGCUCAGGGCAAUGUUUGGUUAGAGACCGCUGUCAUCAAUCAGAUCGGCAGCUGCUUCCCAAACCGCUUCCCUCAGCAGAUGCUGAAGAACCUGAGCGAGUCGUCCGAGCUGCAGCAGGAGUUUCACCUGUACAGGCUGCAGCAGUUCGACUGCCGACUGCAGGAGCACGACCAGAUGACACAAGAGUGGGAGGAGUCAGAGGAUGAGGCCGAUGCCCAGGUUCUGGUUCUGUCUCCUCGUUGUUGGGCUGUGUCCUCGCUCUGCUUCCUGGACCAACCAGCAAAACAUUUUUCACCCGAACUUUGCUCCUAUCUGCACCAGUUCACCCAGUUCUACACUCACAGUCAGUCCAUGUAUGGUCUGAGUCACUCCAAGCCUCGGCGGCUGCAGUGGACGUGGCUCGGACACGCUGAGCUGCAGCUCGGCUGCUGGACGCUGCACGUGUCCACGCUGCAGCUGUUCAUCCUGCUGCAGCUCAACCAGCAGGAGGAGGUUCAGGUGGACGCCAUGCUGCACGCCACAGGUCUGUCAGCCGCCAUGUUUCUGCAUGCUCUGAUGCCGCUCGUUAGUGAGGGAGGACCGCUGAUCUGCAGCCAGCUGGACGAUCCCUGCCAAGGUGUGGUGAGUUUGAACCAGCAGGUGGCGUCUCGCAGCCUGGACGGCGUCCCCCAGUCGCUCCGGCUGCUGCCGGCGCAGACGUACCUGAACGUGGACGAGGACGCGGCCCGGUCGCUGGAGAGGAAGAGGAACUACAUCUACUGCCUGAUCGUUCACAUCAUGAAGCAGGAGAAGGAGAUGCACAUCGACAACCUCGUCUUUAAGGUUCUAGAAUCGUGUCAGAAACAGGAUGCGUCUCGUUCUCCGGGUGCAGGUCGGUUCAGCUGCAGCACCAGCGACGUGCUCUCCUGCAUCAUGCACGUCAUCGCUAAAGGCUGCGUCCGCCGCAAUGAGGAGAACCCGCACAUCGUGGAGUUCCUCCCCGAGGACCCGUCCACUCCCAAGAAGGGUCAGGCCCAGUUCUGCUUGAGCCGCACUGACUUAAGGAAGGACACGGCCACCGCCGAACACCAAGCAAACACCCGCCUGGCUUCAGGUCUGCAGCCGUUUGACGAUGGCGUUCUGGAUGCGGUUCUGUUCUCGAUGGGUCGGACGAUGACUCAGGAGGAAGUGUGUCAGCUGAUGCAGAGGACGGUCCAGCAGGUGUCUGGGACUCUGAGUCUGGACCUGGACCGGGCCGAGCACCUGCUGGUUCACUGUAAGUGGAACGUGGACCUGCUGGUGCAGCGCUACACCGACGACCCGGACUCCCUCAUCAUGGCCGCCGGAAUCGAGUGCCGAAACCCUCAGCCGCCCCCGAGCCCCGCCUCCACCUGCCCCGUCUGCCUGGGCCCCUGCAGCCCCCCCACGGAGCUGGUCCCCUCACUGAGCUGCAUGCACUACUGCUGCAAGUCGUGCUGGCAGGAGUACCUGACGGCGAGGAUCGAACAGAACCUGGUGAUGAACUGUAACUGUCCAAUCACAGACUGCCAGGCUCAGCCCACGUCUCAGUUCUUUCUCAGCAUCCUCACUGACAAAGACACCGUCGCCAAGUAUGAGAAGGCCAUGUUGCGGGUGUACGUGGAGUGUUGUUCUAACCUGACGUGGUGCACCAACCCUCUGGGCUGUGAUCAGAUUCUCUGUACGGAGAACAUGGGCAGCAUGGGAACCUGCUCCAAGUGCCGCUGGUCGUCCUGCUUCAGCUGCAACUUCCCCGAGGCUCAUUAUCCAUCCAGCUGCAGUCACAUGUCUCAGUGGAUGGACGACGGAGGAUUUUAUGAAGGGAUGAGUUCAGAGGCUCAGAGCAAACAUCUCGCCAAGCUCAUCUCCAAACGCUGCCCGAGCUGCCAGGCUCCGAUCGAGAAGAACGAGGGCUGCCUGCAUAUGACGUGUGCCAAAUGUAACCACGGGUUCUGCUGGCGAUGUCUGAAACCAUGGAAACCAACACACAAAGAUUACUACAACUGCUCUGCCAUGGUGAGUAAAGCAGCACGUCAGGAGAAGAAGUUCCAGGAUUAUAAUGAGAGAUGCACCUUCCACCAUCAGGCCAAGGACUUUGCCGUCAACUUGGAGAACAAAGUGUCGUCGAUUAAUGAAGCUCUGCAGAUUAAGUCGCUGACCUUCGUCAUCGACGCCUGUAAAGUCCUGGCUCAGGCUCGGAAGGUACUCGCCUACUCCUGCGUCUACAGUUACUACAACCAGGAGACGGAGAAGAUGGAUGUGAUGGAGCAACAGACGGAGGCUCUGGAUCUUCACACCAAUGCUCUGCAGAUCCUGCUGGAGGAGACGCUGCUGCAGUGCACGGACCUGGCCUCGUGUGUGCGGCUGCUGAAACCAGAACACCUGAACACCGGACUGGAACUGAUCCGACGCAUCCAGGAGCGGCUGCUCGCCAUCCUGCAGCACUCCACCCAGGACUUCCGGGUGGGUUAUCAGACGAAGAGCAGUCAGGAACUGGACUCGACUCUGGCGUCCAACCUGUCCAACCUGUCCAACCAAGGGGACGCCAACAAAGUAUCUAAGUCAGAAGCUGUAGACUCGGAUAACAACAACAACACAGGAGAGGAGGGGGGCGAGGAUGAGGACGACGAGUACGAUGAAGAAUUCGUCCCCGAGUGGCACGAGGACUACGACGAGGACGAUAUAGACGAGGACGACUUCUUCUCUGACGACGACGAGUCUGAGAAUCUGGAACGGGACUUCAGCCCCUUCGACUGACGCAAAGGGAAGUCAAACGUGUCGAAGGAAGAAAGGUAGAGUCGGGCCCCGCCCCCUCUUCACCACUAUCCAACGCCACCUGUAAACGAUGGAAGACGGACAGCGGGGAGUCCUCCUUCACCUGAAGCCCCGCCCCCGAACACAGCUGCACUGCUUCGCCACUCGCUGUUUUUCACCUGUGAUGUCAGAGCGCGAGACGACGAGGGCCACGAGACCGAAAAACACUAAAUGUUCUGACUUUCACCUGUGCAUUUUUUUUAUUAAAAUGAUAAGUUCAAUGUUCAUUUUUUUACAUCAAGGUCAAGAUUUGACAUUUUUUGAGAAUCAAUUUGAACCAGUUCAGACUGAGUCUGAGUUUGAUUUAAAAUUUAAAUUUUAUGAUCCUGAUUAAAAUCGCAGCAGAAGCGUUUUUCUCUCGUUCUCCUCGUCGGCUCGUUCUUGGUUCUGAACCUUUUCUGCUUCGUGAUCAGAAGGAAAUGUUUUAAAAAAGGAAGAGAUUUAUUAAUCCAUAGUCAGGCUGUCCUCUCGAUUAUCUUUUUCUUCCUGUUGCUACCUUGUCUUUGGUCAUCACUCGUUCUUUGGUUUGUUUUUACGAUGGAGGUUGUCUUCGUUUGAGAGGAAAUAAUUAAAGCAACAUUAACAGUUUUCUACGUGUCUGAAGAAUCUGCAAUAACUGAUCUGUUGAUUAUUCUCUGUCAUUUGUUAAACAAAGACUGUCGGGAUGUUUCUGGUUUGUUGUCGAGCGACAUCUGAUGUUAAUCUGUAAUUUAGACAGAUGUUAUAUUCAUAUGGUCGAAGUCUGAAAAGUUCUUUCUGUUUCUUGCAAAAAUAAUUAAAAGCUUUUUCUGCUGCGCUGCA